AGUGAAAUGCGCGGCGCUUGAUCUACUAGCAAGGAAAGUUCCAGGCGCGGUGCCUCGAGUUGGUGAUCAUUUCGCUGUCACAGACAAAUAUUUGCCUGUUUUUAAAUGUUAGCUUAAAGGUAUUAAAGCUUGACGGCCGAACUUGCGUAAUAAUGAUGCAACUUUCGAAUCAACUUGCUAAGAUUGGCAACCGUCGACAACAAGAGCUGACCAGUCCAGGCUUGAACAAAAGAAUUAUCCAGCAACUAAAUUUUUCAAGUGGUGGUGAGGAGGAAAGUGCAGAGAGUAGCUUUGAUGACUGGAGUUUCACUGAAACCAGUCCUAAGGAAGAAUGGAAGAUGAAUGCCUGUCAGUUACCCACAACAUCGGACAGAGAUGAAGAGAGGGAUGUAUUCUUUGAAAACACUUCUCCUCCGUCUGUUCAGAAUAGCUGUUUGAUUAAUUGUCCUAGCACUCCUUUGCAUGACACCACCUGGAAAAAACUCAGGCUAUGUGAUACCCCUAAUACCCCUAAGAGCUUGUUUUCAAAAGCAAACCACUAUAGUUCGACUGGUAAAAUCUUCCCAGGUCCACGGUUCCUGCGCCGUACUCCUGUGUCUGACCCAACCCAUAAAGCCAGAAUACCUUCAGUCAAUGUAAACCCAUUCACUCCAGAGCCUUUUAAGAAAAACAAAGAAUCACAGAAGAGAAAACACAUGGAGAAUGAUGAAUGUGUGAGCAGUGAGCAGUGUGAAACUGAGGACGUGCUUCUACCUUCUAAGAAGUUUGAUUUGCAUGAGAACAAUAUGGUUUCUCGCUACAAGACAGAAUUUCUGGAGUUGGAGCAGAUUGGGAUGGGAGAAUUUGGAGCAGUUUACAAGUGUGUUAAAAGGCUUGAUGGAUGUCUCUAUGCCAUCAAACAUUCUAAGAAACCAUUAGCAGGAUCUCUUGAUGAGCAACAAGCUUUGAGAGAGGUUUAUGCUCAUGCUGUUUUAGGCCACAACCCUCAUGUGGUACGUUACUACUCUGCCUGGGCUGAAGAUGAUCAUAUGAUUAUCCAAAAUGAGUACUGCAAUGGUGGGAGUCUUCAACAGGCUAUUGUGAAAAAUGCAGAAGAGCGACGUGUUUUCCAGGAGUUGGAGCUAAAGGACUUUCUUUUGCAGAUUUCCAUGGGUUUAAAAUAUAUUCAUAGUUUGGGACUGGUGCAUAUGGAUAUCAAACCCAGUAACAUUUUCAUGUGCCACUAUCCUCCUCUUGGAAAAAGCAGCACGGGAGAUGGUUUGGAAAGUGAUGAUGAGGAUGAUGGAGCCUUUUGUGCUAAUGUAGUUGUUAAAAUUGGUGAUCUUGGUCAUGUGACAUCAUCUUCUAGUAAUGAUGUUGAGGAUGGUGAUUGCCGAUUCUUGGCUAGUGAAGUUCUGCAGCAGGAUUACACUUACCUUCCUAAAGCUGACAUUUUUGCACUUGGUUUGACAAUUGUUCUAGCGGGUGGAGCAAAAUCGCUACCAAAGAAUGGUGAAGAAUGGCACCACCUGCGUAAGGGAAACCUUCCUUCAAUUCCACAGGAUAUUUCCUUGGAUUUCCUUAACCUGUUAAAGAUGAUGAUUCAUCCUGAUCCAGCUCUUCGUCCUUCUGCAUCUGGACUAUGUAAACAUCCAGUUUUAAAGAAAGGUGUUGGAAAGACUGCAGCCCAGCUCCUUAAAGAACUCAAUGUGGAGAAAUUCAGGACUGCCAUGUUAGAAAAGGAGUUAAAAGAAGCUAAGCUUGCUGCCUUAAAAUGCACAAAAGAAUCGCAGAGGAGUCUUCCUGAUGUUUGCCAACCACGUACAGGACGACGCCUCGUUGGAGGAAAGGUGGCCCGAUCAAUGAGUUUUAAUGUGGGAUACUGAUAUUUUUGAAUUAUUGCACUUACUUUGUAUAACUUAACUUUGUAUCCAGAGCAUUGAUCAAAAUAAGCAAGUUUCAAGUCUUUUAUGUUUACAUGAUCUGCGUUAUUAUUUAACUUGUUAGCAAUAUAAACAUCUUGAAGUAUUACCAGCACACAGUGAGAACAGAGUAAAUAAUUGAACGCGGUUUGUUUUAGCUGUUGUUGGUUUUAAUUGUAUUUUAAAUAAAGUUUUAAUUAUAUAUUCA